AUGGCCGCCGAAAUCCCCCCGCCUCUUGACAUUACGUCUAUCAUGGACGAGAAGGACAUUUGGAUUGGCAACAUCUUUCCAAUGCUUGGCAUGGGACAGCAUGCCUUUGUUGCUCCCGUCAACAAGAAAAUGAGGGGUUUGUAUUCGGAGUAUUGUGAUUCGGUGGAAUCUCCUCCUAUGGUUACGUUUGUUGAGCCUGUGGAUGGCGUCAAAGUGGAGGCAACCUCCACAGAAACAUUUUAUAAUGCCGCAUUUUUCAAUGCGGAAUGUACCAAGUACUGGUAUGAUAACUACGGGACCAGCGAUGCUCCCCAAAUUGAUAUUUGUAGGGCAAUCGCCAAGUGCGGCAGCCUUGAGAUACUUCGAUUGGCACAUGACAAGGGUUUCCAAUUGACGAGGAAGACCAUUGCCGCUGCGGCUCUGCGUGGAGACAGGGAAAUGGUUGAAUGGGCUCAUACAAAAGGGUGUCCAUGGGGUGGAACAACCUGUAGCGCUGCGGCCAGUGGCGGUCAUUUGGACCUUUUGGAGUGGCUCCGAGAAAAUGGCUGUCCAUGGGAUGAGGACACAUGCACAUUAGCUGCUGAAGGUGGACACAUCGAAAUAGUGAAGUGGGCUAAUGAAAAUGGGUGUCCAUGGGAUGAGGCAACAUGCGCGGGUGCUGCUGAAGGUGGUCAUUUGGACCUUUUGAAGUGGCUCCGACUUCGUGGCUGUCCAUGGGAUGACGAGAUAAGCGGAAGAGCUGCUGUAUUUGGCCAGUUGGAAAUAGUGAAGUGGGCUAAUGAAAAUGGGUGUCCAUGGGAUGAGGAAACAUGCGCGGGUGCUGCUGAAGGUGGUCAUUUGGACCUUUUGAAGUGGCUCCGACAUCCUGAUCGUGACUGUCCAUGGGAUGAACGGACGUGCUCAGCGGCUGCUGAAGCUGGCCAGUUGGAAAUCUUGAAGUGGUUGCAUGAAAAGGGCUGUCCUUGGGAUGGGAAUACGUGCUCAGCGGCUGCUGAAGCUGGCCAGUUGGAAAUCUUGAAGUGGUUGCAUGAAAAGGGCUGUCCUUGGAAUGAACAGACAUGCGAGGAGGCUGCUCAUAAUGGUCAUUUGGAUUGUCUCAAAUAUGCUCAUGAAAAUGAUUGCCCAUGGAAUGAAUGGACAUGCAGCUGCGCUGCCUCAGAGGGUCAUUUGGAAAUACUGCAAUAUGCCCAUGAACAUGGCUGUCCAUGGGACAAAAACACCUGCUCCAAAGCUGCUGAAGGUGGGCAUUUCAAUGUUUUGGUUUGGGCACAUGAGAAUCGUUGUCCGUGGGAUUAUCGCACAUGCAGUAAUGCUGUGAAGUCUGGCGAUUUGGAAAUGCUCAAAUAUGCGCACAGCAAUGGUUGUCCUCUGGAUGAGUAUGGCAUUCGGCGUGUUGCGGAGAGGAAUAACACAGUGGAUGUUCUCGAUAGCUUUCUCGAGUAUCUCUUUGAAUUGAUAGUCAGCGGUAGUGAAUAAGGCGCUGCUCGUCAAUGAUCCUGGCAGUGCAGUCGCGACGUUUUAGGUACAUGUAAUAGUUUGUUCCACUCCGCACAAACAGUGAUACUGUAGUUUGUUCCACUCCGCACAAACAGU